AUGCGUUCCUCUGCUUCUGUCAUCGUUCUUGCUUCGGUCAUCGGCAUCGCCGUCGCGCAAUCGCCAUCAUCAUGCACUGACGCCGAGGCCGCCAGUUCAUGUGUGCUCAAGUAUGCCGACGGAGACAUAUCAUGCGCAAAAAUCAUGGGCGUAAAAGCAUGUUACGAAGAUUACUGUCCCCAGCUCGGCGUCCCCAAAGAGUUAAACUCGUAUAUUGAUAUCUGUGAAAACGGUGGAGCUUUGCCAGGAUCGGGAUCCGGCUCUGGCAGCGGAACGGGCAGCGAGACUGGAACUCCCACUGGCAGUGGCAGCUCAAGCACUAGCACCAGCGGCAGUGGAAGUGGUAGCGGCGGAGCCACCUGCACCGAUCGCCAGGCCUACUCGGAUUGCAUUAACCCCCUGGCGAAGUUAGACCAGACAUGCGAGGUGAUCUUGAAAGCAGCAAAGUGCUUCGAUAGCUACUGCCCCCAGCGCGCCUUCCAAAUCGAGGAGGAAGUAGCCGCUUGCCAGGCAUCCACCAGCGGCAGCAGCAGCGGCAGCACCCGCACGAGCAGCGCCGACGACAGCUCGAGCACCGAUUUCAACAGCGGCAUCCCCGGCGGCGACAGCACCAGUACCUCGUCUGCUGCGGACAGCACCGGAACUGGUUUCAACCUUGGCUCCAGCAACAACUCUACAACCACUGACCCAACCAACACUUCCUCCAACGGUGAUGGCCCUGUCUCCACCGAUGGCGCUUCCAAGGAGGGCGCCGCUGAUAGGCUCUUCGCGCCCGUUGGUGCGAUUGUUGGCUCCAUGAUCGCUAUCAUGGCUUGGUUGUAA